GGAGCCCCAGCCUGGGCCCUCCCCCUGUGAGGGUGUCCCCCAUGUGUCCCUGGAGACGUUGGGUCAGCUAGAGCUGUGGCUGCAGAAAGCCCAGAGGAGCCUGGUAGCUGGCGGAGCGGCGGCUUCCACCAUGCAGGACAGCGUUGAGCAGCAACUCCUCACCUGCCAGGAGAUGUUCCUGGAGAUGGAGCGCGGGGUUGCCAGCCUGUCGGUGUUGGACCAGCAGCAGGAUGAAGCGACGGAGCUGCUCUCUUCCAAACUGGAGCUCCUGAAGGCCAACCUGCUCUCCUUCCAGCAGCUGCUGCAGGACAGGCAGGGAGAGGAGAGAACCACCGGCCACAGAGAACCACAGCAACAGAAGUCGGUAGCUCAGCCAGAGUGCCCCCUGCCGUCUCAUCUGCAGUGCAGCAACAGUGUUCAGGAGAUCUUCUCCUCACAGAGAAACAAACUGCUCCGACAGAGCAGCCUGCAGCAGCAGAAGGAGUUGGAGCAGCAGCUGACUGAACAGAGAGGACUGACCCAGGCCAUCGCCCGGCAGGGCAGCAGAGCUCCACUCCACAGCCAGCUGUCGCAGCGGGGGCCUCCUGCUGAGGCUGAUAUGGAGGAGGACUCUGCUCAGAAGAAGUGGGACGGCCUUUACAGUGGGCUGCUGGCUCUGGAGGAGAGCUGGCUGCUUCCCCCCGCAGAGGUGACGGACUCAUCUAUGAGGCGUAGUGAUGGAACAGCAGGGCGCAUGAUUGGCUCACAAACCCUGAAAGAGCUCCGAACCCACAUCAGCCAUCUGAGACAGCUGGGACUCACAGCGGCAGAGUCUCAGGAUCAGGCUUCCCCUGCAGACGGCUUCUGUCAGAUGCUGGACGAGGGUUUGUUUCAUGUGUUGUAUGGUGUGUCCCUGGCCCUGUCCUCCAUCAACAACAUGCGGCACUCGCCUGCUGGGACGACACAUGAAGAAGACAUGCAGCGCAGGCUGCUGCAGCUGCAGAGUGUGUCAGCCGAGCUGGCUACGCUUGGCAGCGAGCUGGCCUCUCAGGGGGCAAAGGUCAGCCGGAUCCUGGGCUCAGCGUGUUGUCAGCAGUGUGUGGACGAUCUGUGUAGAAUACUUCCUGUGGUCCAGGCUGCACUGACCAGCAGAGCGGAGCAGAUCACAAUCUUGCAGGACGAUAUCGUAAAGCAACAGCUACAACUGAAUGAGUUGCAUGCAGCCUUCACUUCUAACCAAGCGACAGUUGAUCAAAUAAGUAAUGAAUUCAAUGGAACCCUGGACCUUAACAACCAGCUACAGGCUGUGGUUCAGAUGCAGGAGUCUCUGCAGCAGCAGGUGGAGCAGGUGAGCUCCAUACUGGAGGAGGCGGAGCGACGCAACGUGCCUGCCUCUCUCAUCCAGCAGGCCUCACAGCUGCAGGGUGAGCUGGACAGUUCUCUGGGUGGUGUUCGCUCCCGCUGUGAGGAGCUGAACAACAGUGUAGAGCUGCAGCAGCAGUAUGAGAGGCUGGUCCACAGCCUGGAGGAGCUGCUCGCUCUGGGUCCUGAACGCCUCGCACAGCCGCCUGACACGGAGCUCGGCAGCAGAACUCAGCUCCAGCAGCGGCUCAGCAGUCAUACGAAGUUCUUCCAGUUCCUGGGCCAUCAUUUUAGUAUCCUGCAGUACCUGAGCCAGAGAGUCCCAGAGAGCGCCCUCCAGAGGUGGGAGGCUGUAGUGAUGGGCCUGCAGGAUGAGGUGGCCCGACUGCAGCAGCAUGGACUGGAGAAAGGGAUCAUGAUGCAGGAAACGUUACAGGUGUGGUCACAGUGGGAGGAGGACAGCGCCUGGUCAGAUUCCCUGCUCAGAGCCAUUGAGACUUCAUUUCCCAAGAUGCACGAGUGGGGUAAUUCUGAGGAGCAGAUUUCGGAGAAGCUCUCUGUCUACCAGGAGCUGCGUGGCGUUCUGGAGGGGAACAAAGCGCGGUUCAGUGGGAUGCUGGAGGCGGGGCUCUGGCUGCAGGGGGCAGGCUUUAGAGCAGUGGUUGUGUCCACCAGCCAGCUGGAGGCCCGCUGGAGAGCGCUGCACAGGAAGGUGGAGCAGCAACGCACCAACGCAGACAGGAACAGGAAGCUGAGCUACAGUUUUUUUCGUGACUCUGCGGUACUGGCUGACUGGAUGGGUGGGGCCAGGGAGCUGAUUGACAGAUGCAGUCAGCUCUCAGCUGAGGAGGAGAUGGAUGCCGAACAGAGGCGUGAUCACUACCUCCAGUUUGUGGCCUUGACCAACGAGUUGAAUGCCAAAUGUGGACUGAAGGUGGCUGUGAUCAGUGCUGGAACCCAGCUGGUCCAGCUGAGUGAAGAGGAAGGAGACUCUGACAGAAAUCCAGAGGACAUAACGACUUCACUAUCUCAGACUUCAGAGCCAGAUCUGUGCUCCAUCCCGUCCCAGCUCAGACAAAUAGAGCGGGACUGGUCUAGUCUGCUGGCCCAUGUUCCUGUCGUCCAACAAGCCCUGCAUAAGCGAUGGAUGGAGACGUUGAGCCAGCAGGGGGCGCUGCUGGAGCUGCAGGCCUGGCUGGGAGCGGCGGAGUCCAGGCUGGAGGAGCAUUGCAGCAGAAUCAACCAAAGCUCCUCCACCAACACUGAUCUGAGUCAGCUCCUGACAUACUGCAAGGAGAUUUUGACAGCGAUGUCAGCCCAUCAGGCCACACUGGACUAUGUGAGCCAGCCGUUACAGACAUGCAGUACUGAGGAGGGUCAGAGGAGGCGCUAUGAACACAUGCAUUGUGCAGAGGAUCAGGGCCGUUUCCAGCAUCAGUGGCUCAGUCUGCAGCAAACCCUCAACUCUCAGAUGCAGGAGGUGGAGCAGGAGCUGAGGAGCAGAGCGGAGCAGGAGGUCCAGCUGCAGCAGAUCCACAGCUGGAUCACACAUCACAACCUCUGGAUGGACUCAGCUCAGACACCCAGCAGCCAAACGGAGCUGCGAAGCAGCAUCAACACCUGCCAGGGUCUUGAGGAAAAGAUCAGGCAGAAGUCUGCAGCUCUUCAGGAGUUGAGAGACAAAAUUGAUGGCGGCCGCUGUGGUUUCAUCUCUCAGACAGAUAAAUGCAUCCAGGCCUGCGCUGCUCUCACACUACAGCAUGACUCAGUAAAACAGAGGCUGGUUCAGGCCCAGCAGCUGUGGGAUAGUUUGGAGAAGCGACUGCAUCAGAUGAUGCUGAAAACAGUGAGAAUAUCUCAGACUCUUGAUUAUCACAUCAGUCCUCAGCUCUUCCUGCAGGCACACAGAGAGCGCCAUGAAAAGCUGCAGCUUCUUCAUGCGGAGACAGAAGCCUCAGGGGCAGAGUGGGACCAACUGAGUCAAACCGCCUCGUCCCUCAGAGACAUCAUCAGUCCUGCUGCUGUCACCCUCCUCAUGCAGCAGCUGGACAGACAGAGAGACAGUUGGAGUGUGGUGUGUGGAGCGGUGGACCAGCAGCUCCAGAGGAGUCGGGGCAUCCUGCAGGUGUGGGAGCUCUACGACCGGCUGGCUGCGUCUCUCUGCCAGCGGCUGCGGACACUGCAGGGUGACAUCAGGUCAGCGCUGAGCGGGGCGCCUGCAGACCAUAACACCCUGGAGCAGCUCGCUGUCAAGAUACACAAUGUUCAGAGUGUCCUGGAGAGAACGGGCGCUCUGCAGUCGGACCUUCAGGCUGUGCUGGAGGCCUCCAAGGACGUCAGUGGCCACCUGGAACCUUCAGCUGCCAGUCUUGUCCAAUCAGAGAGCCGGCUGCUGUCCCGUGGUGUUCAGCAGCUCAGCCAGACGGUGACAGGGAAGCUGGGUCAGCUGCAGGAGGAGCUCCAGCGUCUGCAGGAGUUUGAAAGCGUCCUGGAGUCACUGGAGGGAAACCUGGAGCUUUGGCAGGCGCGUCUGCACGCUGUGGAUCGGACAGCAGACAAGUCUUGCCUCCUGGAGCUGAGUGGCCUGACUGCUGACCUGGAUGUGCUGAAUGAGCAGAGCUGCAGCCUGACGCUGGGCGACGCUGCAGCACGCCGCCUGCAACGCCUCAACCACAGCUGGGCCGACGCCUCCGCCAGAGCUGAGGAGGCCUGCAGCGAACUGCAGACGGAGGCACUGAGGUGGCAGAGCUUUGAGCAGAAGUGUGAGAGCUGGAUGUCUUUCCUGCAGAGGAUGGAGGACAGCCUGGCUGUGGAUGUGGCCGGCUCCUACAUUGGCCUCAGACAGCAGCUCUGCACACACAAGCGGUUUCAGGCAGAGCUGUCCACCGGUCACCAGAUCCUUCAUUCCGUGGUCACUGAAGCCCUUCAUCUUCUGCAGAAAGGAGAGGUGGAGGACAGGAGUGACUUCCUCCUGAAGCUGGCCCAGCUCAGGGAGCACUGGCAGGGGGCGGUGCAGCGGGCGGACCAGCGGCGCUCCCUCGUGGAGGGGCUGGUGAAACACUGGCACCUGUACGGCCGCAGCCUGAGGAAGCUGCAGAGGUUCUUGUCGGAGACAAAGACCAUCCUCCCCCCAGCCGGACCGGCCCGCUGUAGCCUGCAGCAGCUGCCACGCUCCCUCCGGGACCUCCAGCACGCAGAGCUGUUGUUCCAGAGGUAUCAGUGCAGUUUCAUUCAGACUCUGGAAGUCGGCCGGCAGCUCUUCUCCAUGGGGGACGAGGAGACCCAGACUCGGCUGCAGACGGAGCUGGGAUCCCUGCAUGAGGAGUGGGACAACAUCCACAGCUUGCUGGGCCGGAGGACGGAACUCACCGAGACGAUCGUCAAGAACUGGGAGCGCUGCGAGGCUGGGCUAGCAGGCAGCAUGCUGCAGCUGAAGGAACUGAAGAACAGACUGAACCAGUCGAUGCCAGAGUUUGACGAUGAGCUGCAGAGUGCCGAGAAAUACAACAAGGAGAACGAGGACUCCCUGGAUGACUGGGCUGAGAGCCUGACAGAGCUGGGUACCAUGAAGACGGAUCUGUCCCAGUACAUCAUUGCGGACGACGUCCUGCUGCUGCAGGAGCAGGCGGAGCACCUGCACUGUCAGUGGGAGGAACUCUGCCUCAAGGUGUCUCUGCGUAAACAGGAGAUCGCAGAUCGUCUGAACGCGUGGAUCAUCUUCAAUGAGAAGAACAAGGAGCUGUGUGAGUGGCUGACGCAGAUGGAGAACAAGGUGGCGCACAACUCUGACCUGAACAUCGAGGAGAUGGUGGAGAAACUCAAGAAGGACUGCAUGGAGGAGAUCAACCUGUUCAGUGAGAAUAAAACCCAUUUGAAGCAGCUCGGAGAACAACUCAUUACAGCCAGCAACAAGACGAAAGAAACGGAGAUCAACGACAAGCUCAAGGACGUCAACGACCGCUGGCAGCAUCUGUUUGACCACAUAGAGACCAGAGUGAGGAAGCUAAAGGAGACGCUGGUGACGGUGCAGCAGCUGGAUAAGAACAUGAGCAACCUGCGGACAUGGCUGUCUCGCAUCGAGGCAGAGCUGGCCAAGCCGCUGGUCUACAACGUCUGCCACAGUGACGAGAUCCAGAGGAAACUAGCUGAGCAGCAGGAUCUGCAGCGGGACAUCGAGCAGCACACGGAGAGCGUGGCGUCAGUGCUGACGCUCUGCGACAUCCUGCUCCACGACGCCGACGCCUGCGGCAGUGACUCAGAGAACGACUCAAUCCAGCAGACCACCCGCAGCCUGGACCGCCGCUGGAGGAACAUCUGCGCCAUGUCCAUGGAGAGGAGGAUGAGGAUUGAGGAGACCUGGCGUCUCUGGUGUAAGUUCCUGGACGACUUCUCUCGCUUUGAAGACUGGCUGAAGACGGCUGAGCUGACCGCAGCCAGUCCGGACUCUGCGGACGCCCUGUACACCAGCGCCAAGGAGGAGCUCAAGAAGUUCGAGGCGUUCCAGCGGCAGGUUCAUGAGCGUCUGACUCAGCUGGAGCUGGUCAACAAGCAGUACCGCCGCCUGGCCCGGGAGAACCGAACCGACGCCGCCAGCAAGCUCAAAGUCACGGUGCACGAGGGGAACCAGAGGUGGGAUGUCCUGCAGAAGAGGGUUGCUUCUGUUCUCCGCAGACUCAAGCACUUUACCUCUCAGAGAGAAGACUUUGAGGGAACUCGGGAGGCGAUCCUGGUCUGGCUGACGGAGAUGGACCUCCAGCUCACCAACGUGGAGCACUUCUCCGAGAGCGACGUCGAAGACAAGAUGAGACAACUGAACGGCUUCCAGCAGGAAAUCACCCUGAACACCAACAAAAUCGACGCCCUGAUCGUGUUCGGAGAGAACCUGAUCCAGAAGAGCGCUCCCUUGGAUGCCGUGCUGAUCGAGGACGAGCUGGAGGAGCUGCACUCGUACUGCCAGGAGGUGUUUGGCAGAGUGGCCCGCUUCCACCACCGCCUCGUCCACAGACACCCCGUUCUGGAGGAGGAGAGGGAACUGUCAGACUUGGACGACUCCCCUGAUCUGACCAACAGGACGUCCUGGGGGGAGGUGAGGAAGAUUGAGGAGGAAGCGGAGGGCCCAGCAGUUGGCGGAGUGUCAGCUGGACUGCAGGUCAUGUGCCACCUCCUGGCCCCCCCUCUGGAGCGGUCGGGACGAGAGACCCCCAUCAGCGUGGACUCCAUCCCGCUGGAGUGGGACCACACGGUGGACGUGGGAGGAUCGUCGUCACACGAGGACGACGAGGAGGCCACUUUCUUCAGCGCUCUGUCAGUGAAGUCAGUGACCGACCCACCCAACUGGCACCAGCCCUCUCCAGAGAGGAAACGAGUACCCCGAGAAAUCCUCCGGGGCCUGAGCUCGUCUCCCACAGACACCAGCAGUACUCCCUUCCACCAGCAGGGCUACGCUAAGCUGAUGUCGGAAUGCAGCGGCAGCAUCAGCAACGUGAAGCGAGUACAGCGGAUCCUGAACGACGACGAGGAGCCGGAGGAUCCGGGUCUGACCAGCAGCACGGCCGACAAGCAGACCAGCACAGGUGUGAUCGAGCGGUGGGAGCUGCAGAGGUUCAAUGACGAGACGGACGUCAAGCGGGACCUGGAGCAGUGGCAGAAGCUGAACUCUGACCUCUGCGAUGUCACUUCCUGGUUGGGCAGGGUGCUGCCAGAGCUGGAGAGGCUACAGCAGAUCGCACCAUCCACCGGCAUCCAAGACAUCGAAGCCAACAUCGGGAAACUGAAGGAGAUGCAGAAGACCUUCAACAGCUACAAGUGCCUGAUGAUCUCCGCCAACCUGAGCAGCCGUCACUUCCCACCGGGCGACGGUGCCGAGCUGCGGGAGCUGCACGAGGCCCUCAGCUCGGCCAAUCAGAGCUGGCAGCAGGCGUGCAGUGGCCUGGAAAGCUGGGAGAGGAGGCUGCACCAGGCGCUCAUGCACUGUCAGGAGUUUCACAAGACGCUGCACUCCAUGCUGUUGUGGCUUGCUCGGGCCGAGAGCAAACUCAGUGCCGUAAACGUCGGCGACCGCCAGGUGCCCCGCUCCACCCUGCUGGAGCAUCAAGACACGCUGACGGCUCUGCGAGAGGAGCUGCGCAGCCGGCGGCACCGAAUCUCCUCCCUGCGGGACAUCGGCUCUCGGCUCCUGCCGGAGGACGCCGCAGAAGAAGAACACGAGGCCGUGGAGAAGGUCCGCGUCGUCGCCUGCAAACUGCAGCUGUUGCUGCGCCGGGCGGCUGCCGACCUGCGCACGCUGCAGGGGAGACUGGAGGAGGAGGAGGAUGGCGACGACACAGACGCCACAGUUGGACAAGCGGCGACCGGCAGGGAGGAGAGGUGCCGUUCUUCCCCGCGGGGCCAGACCUUCUUCCGCCGGGUUCUACGCGCCGCCUUCCCCCUGCACCUGCUCUUCUUCACCCUGCUGGUUCUGACUGGCCUGCUGCCCAUGUCCGAAGACCACCGCAGCUGUACGCUGUCCAACAACUUGGCCCGCUCCUUCUACCCCACGCUCCGCUACAUCGACGGCCCUCCGCCAACGUGAAAAAACAAGCGCCCGUCUUGUAUUUUUUGGACUCCGUGCUUUUGCCCUACUUCAAAAUGUAUUUAUUCUUUGUUUCUUGACUUCCGCG